GUCAGCCAAGUGAGUGGCUGCGGGAAUUUUAAGUUGAAUAAUUUCUUCUGAGUGUUGGUUAGUUUUGUUGAACGGUCUGCGGAUAGUGGGAAUUAAUUAAUUAAGCAAACAAACUUUUGACUCAUAAAAACUGUGGAAAUAAAAGUCAAGUGAUAUAGUGUUGACACAUAACCUAAGUGUUCUGAUUACAUCAAUACAUAGUCCAUGUCAGUAUUGUAAAUAAAUUCUAAAACAGUAUACAUACGAAUUACAAGAUGCAGCUGCUGAUACAAGCUAGCCCUUUAGUGAAUAAAUUAAAGCAUUGGCAUCAAGCAAUAGGUUUCAGUGAAAUACAGCUAACAACUUCUCAAAAGGUGGUUCUAUGGAGCAUUGGUGUGGUUGGGACAAGUGCUAUGGUAGUGGGAGUUCUGUCCAGAUAUUUAGCAAGACGGCGAGCAAAGCCUAUUUUAAACCCCAGGAUUCAACGAGCUAUUAAUAAAAGAAUAUCUCGAAUGAGGAGUCCCAAUGGAGGCAUGGGAUCCAUAGCUAGCAGUGGUGGCAGGAGCAGUCCUUUAGGAUUCAGUGAGAGAUUAUCACUAGCAUCGGGAUCUAUUGGAUCUGGUGGGGGUGAUGCUGCCCCUUUAUCCCCUCAACAACUAGGUGUCAUGGGCAUGGAAGCCCUAGAAACGAGUAUAAACUACUGGGAGGACGCGCUAGCCGCGUUCUCUCUGGGCGCGCGCGGCGGUGUUUCGGGAACGCUCGCGCUCACGUCGCCCGAGGAGGCAGAGUUCUGCCGAGAGAUACAGGACCUGUUGCAGAACGCAUACCUGUUGCAGGAGCGCUGCGAGCUGCUAUUCCUAGACCAGCGGUCCGUUCUCUUCCGCUCCGAGAGCGGUGGCGCGGGCGCAGGCUCGGGCGCGUCAGCGGCGUCGCGGCGCGAGCGCUUGUUAUCCACUCACACGGGCUCGGAACACACGCGUCGUGAUCACCACUCCAGCGCAGAGUCCUUCGCUUCGGCAGAGGACCAGGUUGCAGAUCUCAGAGACUUCGAUGACCUAACAGAAGCACUACCAGAAUUAGAAAAUUUAGAAUUAUAUCAAAUGGCGUUAAAACAAUUGGACUCCGGUAUACCAUACAGAACGCUCCGCACCGAGAUCCUACAGUGCGGCUCGGACGCGGAGUUCCUGUGCAAGCUGUGGAGCGUGCGGCGCGCGCUGGCGGCCGUGUUCCGCGACGCCGCCGCCUGGGGCUGGUUCGUGGACGCCGGCCGCCAGGUGCUCACCGACCUGCUGCUGUACGCCGACAAGGAACCAAAGGAAUUUUUGGUCGCAUACGAAGAAAUGGUAUCAUGGACAUCAGACGCUGCUAACUGGUCUACCAUUGAAGACGAACUGUACAGUAAAGGCGUAAAGGCGCUGACGUUCUACGACGUGGUGCUGGACUACAUCCUGCUGGACGCGUUCGAGGACCUCGCCGCGCCGCCCUCCUCCGUGCUCGCCGUCGUGCGCAACCGCUGGCUCUCCGACGGCUUCAAGGAGAGCGCAUUAACGACAGCUGUGUGGUCAGUCAUCAAGGCGAAACGACGCUACUUGAAAUACCCCGACGGGUUUAUGUCCCAUUUCUACUCGAUAUCCGAGCACUUGCUUCCAGUCCUCGUAUGGGGCUUCCUAGGACCUCGCGAAAGACUUCGGGACGUUUGCGAAUCUUUCCAAUCAGAAAUAGUGGGGUUCAUCACUGACAUAUUUAGCUUCCAAAAAAGUAGGUACACUAAUAUAGAAGAUUUAGCAAUUGAUAUAAUGCAACACGCGCGGUCGAGAGCUGCUAACAUCACAGACAAGCUAGCCGAGAGAAACUGAUUCGAAGUAGGUCCAAUACUAAAUCUAAGCAAAAAUAGUAAUAGCACAAGUGAGAGGUAGAAAUCGUGUACAAUAAUUAAAAGUUAAUUAUCGAUCAAAAAGCUGAUUCUCACAUUCCUGACAUUGCUCGAGUGAUGGACGACUCACAUAAUACGAAAUAGCGCACCGUAAUAGCCUAAAUAUCAAAUAUAGUUAAUUUUAUAAGGUUUAAAGUGUAAUUCAGCGAUUGUUUGAUCAGUAUACAUUAACUUGCUAUUUUCAUUAAUGCCGCAGAACAAUUUUUAUAAAUAAAAUGUAGCUAUUGCUUGUUCGUUCACAUGUAGGUGCAUAAAACCGAAUCCAGAAACUUCCACACGUGAUAUGUUCCGUACCUUUACAGGUAUAAUGUGCCAAAGGCCAAUCUGCAUUUUUAUCAUCCAUGUAAAAACAUUCACAGUCGAGUCGAUUAAUGUAAAAAAAUCUCGUUAAUGUGCCCCGACUAAAUUAUCACGGAAAGCUAGCUACCUACUGAAUAAUAUCACAAAUUAUUGCCCACCUAAAUAAUAUUAAAAAAAAAAUAGAUUUUAUAUCACAUGGGAUUAAAGAAAGAGAUCCUAUCAUCUUUGAUAGUUUUACCUGUGAAAAUAAUGCAUUUGUUUUAUGUAAUUAACAUUUACUGUGUACGAGCUUUUAUUAAUAUUUUAUGCAAUCGCAUUCCAUUUUAUAGACAAUAUUAUUAUUAUAUUUAGAGCGCAAGCUGGCGUAAUGGUGUUCAAUAAAAUCAAUCUAAUUCAGUACAUACCUUAUUAUAAAAUUAAAUAACUUGUUUAUCCAAAGCUGAAUCUGUUGUAUUGUUACAAAUUAUGUAUUUAUUUUGUAAAUAUAAAUUAAUAUUUAAAGAGCAUUUUAUUUAAAUUACCUUGAAUGAUGAUUUUUACCCUAAGGAGUACAAAAUAAAACAAAUAUUUAGUAGAAAAUUUAGUAUAUCAUCAAUUUUCACAAUAUAGCCGUGUCUUACUUAAUGAUAAAAAAAAGAAAAUGUAAACAUAAAUCUUUCAUUAUAAUCAACGAUAAUACUUUUCCAAAGUAAUAAGCACCAAGAUAAUAUAGAGAAAGAAUAAUAUUAUUGCAUAAAUGGAAGUUUUGAUAAUCAACUCGCUUUGUAUUGGGGUUCUGUUCGGCUUUGCCGAGAAAUUCAGGUGGUAAAAAGAGCGAGUUGUAUGUAAAUAAAAUAUGUAUCUAAUAUACCCAUUUGUUUUGUAGAAAAUUUAAUUGAAGUUCUUAUACAGGCUACUAGAUUAUAAUAAGAAAGCCUGGCAAUCAUAUCUUCCGCCACAUAAAUAAUAUUCUACACGUUAGUAUAGGUACUAUAAUUUUAACAAAUUAUUUGGUUUAGUGCACAGCAAUUAUAAGCUUUAGUACAUAACAAUGAUAACAAUUUAUAGUCAUCUCUCUGGGUAAACAAUGUAAAUAAGCCUAUAUUUAUCCUUCCUACUACAGUAGGGGAAAAUUAACAUAAAGUAAUAUAAAUAAAUUUAUAUUUUUUGAUUGACAGGCUCUCUUUGAAAUAUACAAAAACACUUACUUAGUUAGAAUCGACACAUCUACUCGUCAGGACUAGACACUAGAUACAAAGUCUGAAAAUGAGUAAACAAACACACAAAGAAAUGCAUGCAUUCUUCUUAAAAUAAAUGGAAUCACUCAUGACAUCCGAUGCUAGCAGAGUCAAAAUAUAUACAACAAAAUUAGAUGAUACUUAUUGGAUUUUAAAGAGGAAAGUUUAAUAAACUUGUUUGUGCCAAAUGUCAUUUUCAGUUAUGUGUGUAUCGGAGAUACCUAUCUCCGUGGAUACUCUCGGCUCGCGGCGGUCACCGCUCGCGUCGAGCGUAGC